CGCAAGAAUCACAGUUUUUGUGCUGAUGGUACCAUUUGGUACUCGAAUGCCACGGAGUAGCCACAAAGCGUACGAGGUCUUCCUCAUGAUCUCAAAUGGCUACACCGAGCGAGGACCUUGUUGGCCUGACAGAACUUGAUGCGACGUGCUUCGAAGACUCCAAGUAUGCCUAUACCACUUUCUACUCUAGCGUGAAUGGACAAGGGCAAGGCAAAAAGCAAUUGUGGAGACGAGGUUACAAUCCUCUCGGCACUGGUGGGUUCGGAGCGGUAUUCCGUGAAGAGUGUAUUGAAGGACUAGCCCAAGGCACAGCACGAGCGGUCAAGCAUAUCAAUAAGCAGACGGCAUCUCGUCGUGGCAUGGCGAUUGAUUACAGCAGAGAGUUGGAAGCUAUAGCCCGGUUUUCGCAAGCCAAGUAUGCGCCUUUCUUCGUGCGUUCCGAUGGAUGGUACGAAACCGAGACCAUGAUAUGCAUAAUCAUGGAACUUGUGCCACACGGGAAUCUUCAGCAAUACAUAAAAUGCGGCUUGCCAGAAGCGGAGACCAUCGUUCUGGUGAAGCAAACAUUGCACGGGCUCGAUUGCAUGCACCAGGCUGGUUACACUCAUCGGGACAUCAAACCACAGAAUCUCCUCGUCGUUCGACCAGGUCCCGAAUGGCAGAUAAAGAUAGCGGAUUUUGGCCUGAGCAAGCGUCUAGUUGAGAAUCUCUGGUCAUUACGGACUGUUAUAGGCACAGCCGGUUUCAUGGCCCCUGAGAUGCUAGGUCUCACUCGUGACGAGAAAUAUGAUUCUGAUGACUCCGAGGACGAACGAGGCCCGUCUUAUUCUAACGCUGUUGACAUAUGGGCUGUUGGGAUCUUGUGCUAUAUUUUUGUAACAGGAGACUUACCUUUCCCAAGCCAGAAGCUCUUGCGCAGGUACGUAAAGAAACGCGAGGGUCUUGCAGUCGAGCCUUUACGUCACCUCAGCCCCUUGGGAGGGAUUUUCAUACAAAGUCUCCUGUCGCCCACUCCUUUAGACAGACCGACAGCAGCCGCGAGUCUACAGCAUCAAUGGAUUCGACCAUCGGAUGCCAUCGUAUGUACAUCUCACCACCAUGAGUCAUUCUCUGGCGACUCAUUUCUCUCGCAAGCUUCUGCAAGCUGGGAUACUCAAGAAUUCCCAACCAAAAUCGCUCCACGUUCUCAACCUUCAGAGACGCACUCCGUGGACAACCUCGCUUCUCGCGUGCCGCCGCAGGCUUUGACAGAAGAACACCGACAGGCGGUAAACUCUGUAGCAUCGACAGAAGAUCUUCACGUGGAUAGCGAUGACGGCGCAGUGAGUAUACCAGCGACGCCGCUACAACUCUUGCCCUUGGAAACGAAGCGCCCUUCCAAUCCUGUCGAGCGAUCUGAAGUUACCCUACCAAUGGAUCCAAUGCGAAAAGCACAUUCAGAACCAAGGCGUAUCGACAAGCCCAUUCUUCUAGCGAGAUCUUCAGAGCCAUCUGUGGAAAACUUGGAGCAAGGUCCUUUUGCUCCAUCGUCACCUGUACUCAAAACCCAGAGUUCGGUUCUAUUCGAUGGUGAUGACAUGCACAUGCAAGGAAUAGGAGAAUUGCUGGCCCAUCGUAUAUCACACAAGAUGACAUCUUACCCAUCACCUCGACAGCUCGCAGCCGAAGCCGACCCUUGGACUGAUCUGUCCCCGAGAGCGAUGCCUCGUUCUAUCUCUGACGUAAGCUCCGAGAGUGGCAUUUCUAGCGCCUUGCCUGCAUCAUCGACCCUAGGUUUGGAUUCUAUUGGGGAUAGUGGUUAUGCGACAGCGACGGUGAUGACUAUGACGAAGUUCCGAGCUCCUGGUCCCGUAAUAUCACCAGAAACAUCCUUCGCAUUAGCGUCAACAACGACAGGUGGUCAGCCAAUGCCUGUGAUGAAGCUCGGAAACAUUCCGCCGCGAACUGCUUUGCAAAAAGUGUCGAACGAUACUUCGCCCGGAAAACUCCGGACACUGACCGCUUGGCUUCAACGUAGAGGAAAAGCCAGUGACGGAGAGGGAGCAGAGGAUUUUCCUGUAUCAAUUGAAUCUAUCGGCCUUGAAUGGGACAGAGAUACGCUUGCACGGUCUCCACCAGACUUGCAUGCUUUGGAACUCAAGAGGUAUAACACCCUGGAAGGCCAAUGCUUGCCUGACCAUCACGAAAUCAUUUGCGGCUACAAGAUGCUCCAUUUUUCUCCGUGUGGUACACUGCUCGUUGCAAGAGUUCCGGGAUCGUCCUUGUCGCUGUGGGAUAUGAACACAGCAACAAAACGAGGAGCCCUACGUGAGACAAUGGGCUCUUCCGAAGGCGAUAGGACGACGACACAUUCAUCCCAGACCUGCAUGUAUUUUAGCAGCAAUCGCCGUCGACUCACGGUAGGAAUGUAUCACUCGCGCAAAUCCCACAAAAGGCUCGUGACCACCGUCUACGAUUUAUCCAACUGGAAGUCGUUUUCUCAGGAAGAGUCAACGUGGAAAGAGCUCUGGUCUGACGACGAUCGCCUGCUGGGCUUCCUAUCAUACGAUCGGUUGAUUACAUGCUCGGGGUUUCCCUCCGUUCCUGGAACAACUGAGAGAUUAUUGAGGAUUUGGAAUGUGAGUCAUCACGCAUCGAUCCAACUAGAGCCGAUUCAAAUGGGCUUCGUCAAAGAAGAAGCUAUCUUCCUGCCGUACGAGCUGUCGCCAGAUGGCAAGGUAGUGCUCUCCAUCGUUCGGGCUUCACCCCUCACAUUCCUCCACGUACAUGACCUCAACAUGGGUCGCCUGAUUGUUCGGGAUAUUCCAUGUUAUGCGCAACCAGCGCCGGUUUUUGGGCCCGACAGCAAGUUCGUGGUCUUCCUACGUCCAUUCAGUCGGAAGAAAGGGGGAAACGGCAUUUGCGUCUGUGUUCUUGAGAUUGCCACUGGUAGUGUGCGUGAGCUUGCCAUGCCGGCCAACCCUCUUCUGGCGAAGCGACCCGGCCAGUGUGCUUUGUCACCAGGUGGUAAAUACGUCUUCUGGAUCCACAAUGUGACGAAAGAUAUCAGGAUUUGGGAUGUGGCCGCGGAUUCUCAGGUCAAGCAUACUUGUGCUAUGGGGGUAGACUUUGUUCCGGAGCUGUUACAAACCUCGGUGCGAGGUGCGCUCGCAAUCACGGGUAAGGAUCGAAGUGAAAUAGAACUGUGGGAAUUACCACAUGAGAUGGGUCCGCUUUCAAUAUCGUGGUCCCAAGACGCUGACUGUUCUGCAUCACUAUCGUCGAGUAGGUCCCUUCCAUAGUGUCCUCAACGCUCACAUCACUUCAACUUUGCUGUUCUACUCAAGCUGCGCCCAGGGAAAGGGAUAUAAAGUCGCGAAACCGCGCUCCUUGAGUAUUUUGCCAUGGAUAACGGCCCUGAGAAGUUUUGGUUGCUACCAUAUUGUCCUGAUAGUACUCC